GAGAGGUGUAUGAUCCACUUCAUUAAAGGCAAUGGGCAAAACUCCAGUGAUCUGAAAGGGAUCCUGGACUGCAUCCAGUAUUAAGGAAGAAACAAGUUUAGCUGGAACUGAAUGUAAAUGAAUGAUUCAAUUAAUGCACUUCCUCAUUUAAAACGACGCAAUCAGAUUAUCGGAAUGCACAGUUAAACUAUACAGCCCAAAUAUACCCAUUUAUUUUUGAAUCACAGCUCUUCAGCCAUCGUUUUCGACCCAUCUGGAUAUUCUAUCAAGAAAACUGUAAUCUGACUACUAAAUGGUGUGGUCGGGAUGGGGCUCGCCAGCUCUAAACAUUCCAAAGCCAAGCAAGCCCAGAUCCUAAUGCUCGGUCUCGAUUCAGCAGGGAAAUCAACGCUUUUGUACAAGAUGAAGUUCAACGACGUCUUCCUAACGAUGCCAACGGUUGGUUUCAACGUGGAGAUGAUUGAAACAGGAGGAAGUGUUUCCUUAACAGUUUGGGAUGUCGGAGGACAGCACAAAAUGAGGACCGUCUGGGGCAACUACUUGGAAAACGCAGACUGCCUGGUCUAUGUUGUGGACAGCACCGACAGGCAACGCUUGGAUGAGUCGAAGAGAGAGCUGGAGCUAAUCUUGAGGAAUGAAAGGGUGAAGAAUGUGCCUGUGAUUGUCCUGGCAAACAAACAGGAUCUCCCUGGAGCUUUGGAUGCUGAGGAAAUCACCAAGAAAUUUAACAUGAAGAAACACUGUCAUGACCGGAACUGGUACGUACAACCCUGCUGCGCUCUUACAGGUGAAGGCCUGUCUGAAGCUCACCGGAAACUAACAUCAUUUGCCAAAUCCUGCGUGAAAUCUAAACAAGAAGCUUUUAAGAUUUUCAAACCAGAUUAAUUUAUUUCUCUCUAACCAAGAUAUAUUGGGUUGGGGUACAAAUGAGUCUUUUAACUGACCAUCUGACUUUUCAGGAUUGGGUGUAAAGCAGAAUGUAUUUACAGUAGGCCAGAUACUG